AUGGCUGUCCCGAGCAAGGGAGCUGGUGUAUGGGUAACCAACUACAAAGCCCCAGGCAUAGUAUCGAGAAACACGAUCAUCUGCCAAGGCGAUUUAGGUGACAACUUCUAUAGCUCUGGAAAGGGCACCUGUGACUACUACAUCCCCCGUCUCAACUCAACAAGCAACUACCCCCCAGUAUCGGUAUCAAAUACAUGUGUGCUCAUCCCAGAAACUUCUUCGGCGAGCUCGCCCUUCUAUACAACGCACCGCGCGCCGCAACCGUCAUCUCAAGCGAGUUCGACUGCCUCCUCUUGGUCCUGGGCAGGGUGUCCUUCUGCCGCAUCAUUGGCGGAAUUUGCAUUCGCCCCGGGCUGGGAGUAUUGUGGCCGCCACGGCUGUGGUUGUCGCGGUGUAGGAUCGGCGUCUGUAUGGUUGCUGCGUCCGGUGGAGGAUAUCAAGCCAAUUACACCUGGGUUAGUUCAGUCUCGCCAUGAUUAUCUUUCGGCACGACUCCGCCACGACACCCCAUUCAUUUACAUAAUUAGACUAGCUGGUAUUGACAAAUCAGGGGAGAGUUUGCUCUUUGCCGAGCUGCCCUGGCAACCAUCCAAUAGAACAAAAAUGAUUUCAGGUUCUCUUCGACGACAUGUUCUCUAUCAGAUACUGAACCUGUUCAAGUUGCGUGUGGCUCUCAAAUUUGUCGGCGUCUUCGAAAGAUGUAGGAUGUAG